ACCAACAGCAUCAGGCUUUGCUAUCGGAACGAUCCCCGUCGCAAGCCAUCUCAUUUAAUUUCUCCAUCUUGUUUCCUCGACAAAGACCACGCAACUCUCCUCCCUCUCCAUCCUCAACCACAGAAACCAUGGAUCACCGUCCGCAAGCUUGGGGUCGUCCCAGAGACGAUGUCUAUGGUGCUUAUGAUGCCUCCUACAUGGGCGAUAACGGCCCCAAGCAAAACACCCAGCAGCCCAUCGUCACUGGUACCUCCGUCAUCGCCGUCAAGUUCAAGGACGGCGUCGUCAUGGCCGCCGACAACCUAGCUUCGUACGGAUCUCUCGCCCGCUUCACCGACGUCAAGCGACUCCGCUCCUUCGCCGACUCGUCGGUCGUGGGCUUCAGCGGUGACAUCUCCGAUAUGCAGUACCUCGACCGCCAUCUCAUCGAGCUCUCCCUUGAUGAGGCCUACACCUCCCCUGACGCCCCGCGCCUCAACGCCGCCAACCUCCACCGCUACCUCGCCAAGCUUCUCUACCGUCGCCGCUCCAAGUUCGACCCCCUGUGGAACCAUCUCCUCGUGGCUGGCCUCGACGACGACGACAAGCCCUUCCUCGCCGCUGCCGACCUUCUCGGCAGCACCUACAGCUCCCCCAGUUUGGCCACCGGCUUCGGUGCAAUGCUCGCCCAGCCCAUCAUGCGCCGCCACGUCCCCGAUGAGGAGGCUGCUCAGAAUCUUGACAAGGACGGAGCCGUCGACAUUAUCAAGGAGUGUAUGAAGGUGCUAUUUUACCGCGACGCCCGCAGUCUGGACUCAUACUCCUUGGCCAUCGUCACCAAGGAUGGUGUCGAGAUUACCAACGACCUGAAGCUCGAGGCCCAGAGCUGGGCAUUCGCUGAACGGAUUAGAGGAUACGGUACACAGACCGUCUAAAACCAAAGGAAUAGAUGGGCGAGUGGCGCAGGAGUUUAUCUGUGGCGCAGGCCUAGUCACAGUUGUAAUACAAACAAUUCACGUAUAGAGAGCUUCUCG